AUGGUCUGUCGGAACAGCGCCAUCGCCGCCGGUGUAUGCGGGGCUCUCUUCAUCGGAUACUGCAUUUACUUCGACCGCAAGAGACGGAGUGACCCCAAUUUCAAGAACAGGCUGCGAGAGCGAAGAAAGAAACAGAAACUUGCCAAGGAGAGAGCUGGGCUUUCUAAGUUACCUGACCUUAAAGAUCCUGAAGCUGUUCAGAAAUUUUUCCUUGAAGAAAUACAGCUUGGUGAAGAGUUACUAGCCCAAGGGGAGUUUGAGAAGGGUGUGGACCAUUUGACAAAUGCAAUUGCUGUGUGUGGACAGCCACAGCAAUUAUUGCAAGUAUUACAGCAGACUCUUCCACCACCAGUGUUUCAGAUGCUUCUGACUAAGCUCCCAACAAUUAGUCAGAGAAUUGUAAGUGCUCAGAGCUUGGCUGAAGAUGAUGUGGAAUGAAAAACAAAUGUCAGCAUAAUCAAAUCUCAGUUUAAAAUAUUUUAAAAAUUCGGAAGAUGAACAGCUCUGGGGGAAUAAGGGCAAAUGUGCUUGAUAUGGACUGUGUACCACACUGAAGUCUACCAAAGUUAAUUUUUACUUUGUGUAGAUCCAUUUGUCUGUUUUAUUUAUUUUUCCCAGUGAAAAGUGUCUUUUGAUGAGUAUUUUUCAUUUUAUAAAUAUACUGAGUUACUGAAAA